AUGCAUUCAAAGAAGCUUUUGUCCUUGGCCUUAAGCCUUUUCGUGGCGGAGUCGGUCGUUGCUGGCCCGUGCAAACCGAAAACAACAACCUCUGCCACUUCUGUGGCAUCAACUACGCUCGCUACAUCCACGGCCACGACCCUCCCUGUGUCCUCCACGACGGACACUAUCGUGGCAACUAUCGUCACCAGCGACACCGAGACUGAGGCUCCUACUACGCUUCUGACCACCACUACCGGUGUGUCUGUAGCUGACACUACCACCACUGAAGAGGGAACGACCACGGCUGACGAGACUACCACGACCGUUGGUGAGACAACAGCUACCACUGAGACUGGAACUACGACCGCGGACACAACGACCACAGAGGCUCAGACAGCGACCAUCACAGAGGCCGAGACUACUACUGCAGAGGCCACAACUACAACCGCCGCAGAGCCCGUCUGUGCCCAAACUCUAGUCCUAGCUAAUCCCACUCCGAUCAUUACCGACCCACUGGUCGACUCGGAUGAUGGAAACCAAGGCUUCACAGCACCUUUCCCAAUCGGGGUAUUUGGAGCUUCUUCGACAUAUGUUUUUGUGUCUCCGAACGGCCUUUUGUCCUUAGAUACAGGCUCUUCGACUUACAACAACAACCCACUACCUCGUACAAAUAUCCCGGCUGUUAGCAUCCUCCCCUACUGGGACGAUCAGUACUUCCGCAGAGAUACCUGCAACACGGGAAUUUUCUAUGACGUCUACGAGACUGGCCGAGGCCAGACGCUCACUGUAGAAUGGCAAGUUGGUAGCAAUGCCGACACUGGAUUCAAUGAGCACUAUACGGCCAGUUUCUUUGAAGAUUACCCCGGCUUGGUCAGAUUUGAGUACUAUACGACAACCACGCAUGGCGGAAGCGCAACUAUUGGCGUUCAGAAUGGGCAGGAGUUCUCUCAAUACUCUUACAACGAACUAUACGCGGUUCCUGAUCGGUUCUACGUCGAGAUUGACACAAGCAGUGGAGUUGGCGUCAUCGACAGCGGUCCACUGUAA